GUGUGCCUGGAUGGGUCGGGUCCGCAGGCUUCCUCGGCUUUCCCCGCGCGGCCGCGACUUGGCUGCGCUUCCUCCAGCCUCCUGAGGGCGGCAGUGUGUCUCCGCGCAGCGCGCGCUCGCUCCCUCCCUCGCCCGCCAGCCGCUCGCGCCUCUCUGCUCUCGCCUCUGGCCCCAGCGCGGCGGCUCCAGGGAAGUCGGCGGAGGCGGCGGACGCGGCGAAGGCGGUGGCGGUCCGGGCACCCCCUUUUCUCCGCCCACCUGACCGGCCGGAGUGUCGCGGGCGCUCGAUGCGGCGUCCUCCCGCCUGAGGACCAGGAGCUCCUUGAAGACUAAGCCUAUUUCAUCUUUGUUAUAUCUUCAGCUCUGCACCUAGUAUCAAGCCUGGCACAUACAAGAAUUGACACUAUGCUUCGUAAAACAAUCAACUGUAGUGAUUUCAAGCCUCAACCUUGGUUUCAGCAGGGUGAUAUCAGUUACAUACAAAGGACCCUGUUACUACUGGAUUAUGCAAGUUAUUUGGCCCUGUUUCCUCUGAGAUAUGACUUAAAUAUCAUUUAACUUGAAUAAGAAAGGAACUGAUUUUUAGAAAGCAGAAUGCCAAGGAAAAGGAAAAAUCUUGGUGGAAGUCCUGCUAGAAAGUCUCUGAAUACAGAGGAUGUUGCAUCCAAUAUUGUUCAUCGUGAGGAGCUGACACCUCUUCCUACACCGCCUCAACCAAGUGUUGACAAAGAAAAACUCUUAAACAGCUUGUCAGAGAUGUUUUCUGACCUGGAUCCUGACGUUGUUUAUUUGAUGCUUUCAGAAUGUGAUUUCAAAGUUGAAAAUGCUAUGGAUUGUCUCUUAGAACUGUCCACUGGUGCCAAAGGAAUGCCAGCCUCUAAAAGCUUAAUAUUGGAGUCAGUUGCAACACCACGUGCUUUUGUUAAUCAGCAUCUUGCUGAAGGAAAUGAAAUGAAUGAAAAAUGUCCUCUUGCAGAAGAUGAAGACAGUUCUCAAACAGCUGAUGCUUUUUCUGAUAUGCGACUUACUGAAGACUUGGAUUCCUUAAUACAAAAUGCAUUUGAGAAAUUGAAUUCUUCUAAUGACCAAAUGUCUACACAGUCAUUUUUGCCUUUGGAAAACAAUUUUGGCGGUACUAGUGACAGUGGGAGAAGUGUUUCUCUGCAAAACCCAGAAAUGGACGCUGAAACAUUUGAAAAUUCAGAACGUAUAACUUUGCAUUCAGAUUUGAGCAAGUCCAGAAAUUGUAAAAAGGAUGCUGUAUGGCCUUUAACAAGUAGCAGUCCUGUGGACACCCAGCCAAAUAGCUUUUUCACUCAACCGAAUGACUCUCUAGUGGUAUAUGUUAAUCCCAGGCAGACUCAGAAAGCACUUUCAGAUGCUCAGAAUUUUGGAUGCCAGUCUUCUCAAGCCUGUGUCCAUUUAGGUACGAAUGAAUUGAGGACUGCUGUUAAUCCUCUUGUACAGAUUUCAGACCAGGCAGAAGAUGGAGUGGGCACAUGUGGGGAUCAGAAUGGUGUUUCUGGCCCUGAUUUGUUUACACAAGCCAAAGGAUUUGGUUUCAAGUCACAAAAUCAUGCAGAACGACCCCCACCGGGAAGGGAUUUCAGCUUUUGCCCGGGAAUGCCCUCAUUGCCACCCACAGCAGUGCUACCGCAGAGUUCCUGGAAUCCAAUGGCUUCUGCCUUUGAGCCUUUCCAGGGCAUCCGCAGCUUCAUCACGCCAGUCGCAGCUAGUCCUCAGCCCGUGACACCCAUGUUUGACUACUGUGACCCUGGGAGAGUCUGUGCUUCUCUGCCACCCCCGGUCCUUUUUGGGCCUUGGGACAGAAAUGCUUCCCUGCCAAUGCCAGUAGCAUGGAGAAGUCAAGAUGGAAAUGCUCACCAAGGGCAGGAGCCUUCUGCUUCUCACAACGUUCGAAGAAAAAACCCUUACGUAGGCCAGACGCUUGUCCUACUCAGAGGGCUUCCAGGAUCUGGGAAAUCCUUUUUGGCAAGGAAAUUGCUAGAGGAGAAUCCUAAUGGAGUUAUACUUAGUUCAGAUGAUUUUUUUUACAAAAAUGGACAAUAUCAAUUUGAUGGAAAUUUAUUGGGUGAAGCACAUGAAUGGAAUCAGAAACGAGCUAAAGAAGCAUUAGAGAAGAAGGUUUCUCCUAUAAUAAUAGAUAACACAAAUCUACAGGCAUGGGAGAUGAAGCCGUAUAUAAUUAUGUCACAAAAGCAUAAAUAUAAAGUUCACUUCCGGGAACCGGACACAUGGUGGAAAUUUAAACCAAAGGAACUUGCAAGACGCAAUAUUCAUGGAGUAACCAAAGAGAAAAUAGUAAGAAUGUUGGAACACUAUGAACGUUAUGUUUCUGUGACACAUGUCCUGGAUUCUUCAGUUCCAGAUAGACCAGAACAUAGUGAGUUAAGUGAAACUUCUUGUCAAGAUGAAAAUAUUAGCCUGAAAGACUCAGAUGAUUAUACUUGUUUGAAAGAAAGUGAUCUUUCCUUAUCUUUGAAGCAUCUUGAAAUAAGUGAAGAAAAACUUAAAUUGGGGACCAAUAUUUCUUCAUUUCAAGAAAAUAUGAAGUGUUUUCCUAUAGUAGAUUUAGAAAAAGGAAAACAAGAAGUAAGUGCCAUCGAACCUUAUUUUCAGAAAACUGCCAUUCAGGAAUCUGGAGAGCAUGAAUUAGCGAAUUCUGAAAAUAAAGAAGUAUUAGAUGAAAAUGAUGCAGAGGAAGAAGAUGUAGAUCUAUCUCCUGAAGGGCGAAGUAUUAAAAUAGAUACUUCCAGGUCUGGAGAUAAUAUUAUGAUAAAUACUACUUUUAGUGAAGGAAACCAAGACGCCAAUCGACUUUCAAAGAAAAUCAAGGUCCAAAGUGAAAAUUAUGGAUGUAGUGAAAUAGCUGCUGACCCAGAAAUAAUAAAUGAAACACAGUUCAUGACACAAAACAGUUUGAUUUCAGAAAAGUCCCCAAAGCUUGAAUUACUCAAUUUUUUUGGUGACUGGCCAGUUGAGAAAACAAUGGGUCAGAGGAUCAAGAGGAGCAAAAAAACUGAAAAACCCUCCUCUGUACAAUGUAACCGAGAGUGCCCCACACUUGAAUCCUGCUUGGAACCGGGCAGCGAUGGGCACGUGGCCAGGUCUUCUGCCCAGCAGCAAGGACUCUCAGAGGAAAGUGGCCAGCGGGGGAAGACUGCCCAGGGUAACGAGGUUCUAGAGCCUUUACACAACUGCGCUGAACAUGAGGCGUCUACAGAGGGCGAUAGAGAGGUGCCAGAAGCACUGGAUGAGGCUGAGUGGCCUUCCUCAGAUUCUUUAGCUCAGAAAGAAGCGAGAGCAGGACUUCCCAAGACCUGUCCCAAUGAAGCUGCUCAUGAGUCUGAAAGGAGUCAGAGUCUGAGCGAGACAGCUUUUAAAAUAGCAGAUGCCUUUUAUGAGGUCUUGGCAGACCAUGAAGACCAGAGGAACUCGACUCAGGAAAAACCUGACAUUUUAUCCUGUGAACUUACCAAUGAGGAUAAUUGCGGGCCUCCCUUGUCUCUUACUUUUACCUGUGGGGAGGCCACUGCCUUCCAAGGGGUGGAAACAAAAGUUGCACCUGAAUUUCCAGAAGGGAGGACUGAAGAUUUAUCUUUUCUUGAUGUAAACAAAUGGUCCCAAACUGAGCCGAAAGAUUUUGCUCUUUUGUGGAAAAUAGAAAAAAAGAAAAUUAGUGUUUCUGAUUCAAUCAGAGUAUUAACAGGAAAAUUAGAUGGAUUUAAGCCAAAAGAUUUUAAUACUAAUAUCAAAUCAGAUAUUCAAGAAAUAAUUCCAUAUAGGGUAAUGUAUGAUAAAAGUACAUACGUGGAAGAAAGUGAACUUACGAAUGCUGACGAGUCUGAAAAUCUAAAUACUCUUUGUAAAAUUUUUGGUUCUUUUUCAUCUGAAGCACUGAAAGAUUUAUAUGAACGGUGCAACAAGGACAUUAUUUGGGCAACGAGCCUUUUGUUGGAUUCUGAAGCAAAGUUAUGUGAAGAGAAUGAGGAAGAAAGUUUACCAGAAUCGGAUGAUGAUACGCAAAUCGAGCAAUUUGAUGUAAGUGCAUAUUUGAAGGAGAUUAUCAGCCAUGGAGGGACUUCCAGUUCCAGUACACCAAAAAAUGGCCUUGGAACUGGCAUGGAUCACGUUGAUAAACAGCUUAGCCAUGAUGAAGACAGUAAAAUCCCUGGAAGAGCAGACAUAAAAGAUAUAAAUACUGAGAAAUCAGAAUUAGUAACAAGUAUUUUAUCUAGUAUUGUCAGAGGAGUAAGACAUACCCAUGAAUUGCCUUCUAGCAGCAAGCAGACAAAACUUUCUGAUUCAGAUAACAUUGAACGAUCAGUUUUAGAUAUUUCAAAAAAUAACUUAAAUGAUAUAAACUUUAAAAAUAUGAAUGAAAUAGAUGGGGCAUCUUUAGCCACAGAGUUUGGUUCAUGUUCUUUACAGGUUUUGCCUGAUAUUUUCAAAACUACGUCUGAUACUUUAAAUGAAGAAACUGGCAUUAUUGAAUAUUUUGAAGGAAAGAAAAAUGAAAAUCUUAUAAAAAAUGAUAAGAAAUUUCAGGCGCUUACAGAGGGAUGUAUUGAUGAUGAUAAGCCAGAAAUGGAAAAAAUUGUAUGUGCCAAAUCACCAGCCAAUUUGGGAGGAGGAAUUAAUGAGGAAAGUAAAGUGCUUCACUGUGAAGGUGACAAAGCUGAGAUUUUGAAUUCCACCCCAACAAAACCUAAACCCAUGAAUAUAGACUGUCUGGAGUUGGCAUUACCUCCUGAAUUGGCCUUCCAGCUCAGUGAAUUAUUUGGGCCUGUUGGCAUUGAUUCAGGGUCUCUAACAGUUGAGGAUUGUGUGGUUCAUAUAGAUCUGAAUCUGGCUAAGGUGAUUCAUGAGAAAUGGAAAGACUCUAUUAUGGAGCGACAAAGACAAGAUGAAAUAUCACGUGCUCUGCAUACUAGAGAUACUUCUAUUGUUGGACAUUCAAAUCCUGAUACUCCCGAACAAAAAUCAUCUCAAAGAACAGGCAAAAAACUGCUAAAGUGUCAAAAUACAUCUGAAAUGCCGCUCUUCAUGGAUCAUUGGAAUACUCAGACUAAAAAAGUUUCACUCCGAGAAAUAAUGUCAGAAGAGAUCGCCUUACAGGAAAAACAUGAUAUGAAACAGGUACCAUUUGUGUUUGAAAAAAAUUGUGCUGCAAAACUGAAGGAGAAGCAACUCUUGAAGAUGUUCCCAACCAUUAACCAAAAUUUUCUGAUGGACAUUUUUAAGGACAACAACUACUGUUUAGAACAGACAGUGCAAUUUCUGAAUUGUGUCCUUGAAGCAGAUCCUGUAAAAACUGUUGUAGCUCAAGAAUUUAUUCAUCAAAAUGAAGCUGCCUCUUCUUAUAAUACGCCGAAGUCUAAGGAAAAAAAGACAAAGAAAUCCAAAGAGACAGAAGAUAUACCGAAUGAUCCAUCCUUCCAGGAUUUUGAGUACCCCAAGUAUGAUGACUACCGAGCAGAGGCGGUUCUUCACCAGCAAAAGAGACUGGAGUGCUAUAGCAAGGCAAAAGAAGCUUAUCGCAUGGGGAAAAAAAAUGUUGCCACCUUUUAUGCGCAGCAGGGCAGUCUCCAUGAGGAGAAGAUGAGAGAAGCCAAUCAUCUUGCUGCCGUAGAGAUAUUUGAGAAAGUCAACGCUUCCCUCCUGCCACAGAAUGUUUUGGACCUGCAUGGACUCCACGUGGAUGAAGCCAUAAAUCACUUAAUAACUGUAUUGCAGCAAAAAACUGACGAGCAUAAGCAGAAUGGUGGUAAACCAUAUCUCUCUGUGAUUACGGGAAGAGGAAACCAUAGCCAGGGAGGAGUUGCUCGAAUCAAACCAGCAGUCAUUAAAUACCUCACAAGCCACAACUUCAGGUUCUCUGAAAUUAAACCAGGGUGCUUGAAAGUUUUACUGAAGUAAACAGCUGAUUUUUGUUGUUUUUGUUAAAACUUGUAAUGAAACAUUUGCAACAUUUGAAAUUGACUUUACUGUUAUACAAAUAUUUCCUUGGGAAUACUUUCCACUUUUACAACGAAAUAAUUUGUGAUGUUUUUCAGAACUUGAAAGAAUCUUACUUUUUUACUAAGUCUAAUGCCAAAUAUGUUGCCUAUCAAAGAUGAAAAAAAAA